GAAAUGAGAGCGCAGAAGUACGCGCAGCAUUCAACAAAGAGCCGAUCUAUUACUGGAGGAAAACAAACUUUCGAAAUCACUUUGGCAGAACCUAUAGAUGAGACAGAAGAUGCUGGAAAAGUUUCAUUGGAGCUGACAACGGUUAGGCAAAAACCUCAAAUGGAUGCAACCGUAUUCAAUUUAUUAUUCGAUCAUCAAGUACACUUGGACAAUCCGGUAGAUCUGCGCAGCAAAUAUUGUCAUGUUGACUUAUUCAUGCUGGAAGCGCUAAACAACAGCAUAAAGAAAUUUUCCACGUUGACGACUCUGAAAUUACAAAGAUGUCUCAUAGAUGAAUUUGGAAUUGCAAAAAUAGCACAAAUUUUAGCCGAACCCGGUUCCACAAUAAAAGAUUUGAAUUUGGACAUGAACUCGAACACGAAACAAAACCAUCACCUUCUUUGUGCCACAGGGACUAGGCUUCUUUAUCUAUCACUGAAAAUGUGUGAAAUAAACGACGACGGAGUGGCGAAAAUAGCUUCAAAUCUGUCUUACCACGAUGAACCAUGUACGUCCACAUUAAUCGUGCUCAACCUUGCAAAUAAUACUAUUUCUCAAAUAGGGGCGGAAAAGAUUGGUAAUAUGUUGCGGACAAACAGAUGGAUAAUCUCUCCAAUCAAACUUUACGAACUGGAUCUACAGCCUCUGAAAGCAAAGAGCGGGGACGCGACAGCCGUAUUUCAAAAAAACGAAGAGGUUUCGAUUGAUUUGAUAUUACGUAGUGUCAGUCAUUCGAGGAACGAGCAGAAGCUAUGAUUCCAGUUGAUACCUAUCCUUUGGUAAAAGACCUCAUCCCAGUUGACGGAACCCUUAUAUGCCCUGGAAAUUUUAGGCUUCAGCACUUGAACCUGAGCUGUAAUUACACCUAUACAUACAUUUCAACCAAAUCACUGAGAAGACACUACAGCGUAUAAUUGAUUGCAUUCAAAAGCAGCAAUCUAAGUCGAACAGCGCCGACAUUACGGAAGGGUUAUGUCAUGUAAACGUAGAACAUAAUAAUUUCGAUGUAUCUUGCGAUCUCGCAAAACAGUUAAGCGCAACAAUGGAUCAACUUUGACAAAAUUGAAAUUCAUAAUUGCCACCGCAGUGGGUUGUCACAGCAGUUCGUUUUGGCGCAAUUGUAGUUACAUCAUAGUCUUACAUCUCUGUAUUACAUUCUA